AUGAAAUUUUGUAGUCGACGACUGUUUUGGGCAACACUUUCACAUGCUGUUUUCUCACAAUACGGAGAAAUUAUGGCCGCCUGCUUGAAUUUGAUGAAUGUUCCGAUUAAGGGAUUUUUUCGAGAAAGUUUACGCAAAAAUUACGGCGUUGAGAGUGAGGAGACUUUCGAGACAAUUUUCUCGGCAUGCGCCUCAUUUAUGUUCAUCGGUUUGGCGAUUUCAUUCGCGAUUAUGGGAAAAUUAAUGGAUGGUCUUGGACGGAAAGAGACAAUUUUACUAAGAAGCUUCCUAGGAAUAAUUGGCUCAAUGGCAAUGCUCACCUCCCUCCUACUGAACAGAUUCGAAUUCUACGUGAUUGGUCACCUAAUUGCCGGAAUGUUACAGGGUUUUCGUGUAGUUUUAAUAAUUUGGAUAGCUGAAUGUUCACCUGAUUCGAAAAGAGGACUAACUUCACUUUUUAUUAAUUCCGGAGGGGUUAUUAUGACACUUUUGGUCACUCCGCUGUGUCUUCCCUCUAUAUGGGGAAAUGAGGCCUUGUGGGUGUUCCUUCCAUGUAUAACUGCACUACUUGCAACAAUUCACCUAAUUUUAACAAUAUUCCUACCAAAAUCGCCAAAACACCUAUUCAUCCAAAAAAGCGAUGAAGCCGGUGCUCGGCGAGCUCUCCGGUUUUACUAUGGCGAUGAAAACGAAAAGAAAAUCGAUGAAGCAAUAAAGGAAAUGAUACAUGAGAAUAAACAGGCAAAAAAGGAAACUUCUGGAAUUUUGGACAUUUUACAGAAUAGAAAUCAUAGAUUCUCCCUAUUCCUGGUCUUCAUGUGCUCCCUGGUUCCAGUAUUCUCAGGCCUAAACAUUAAAUCUCAAUACUUGGUAGAUAUAUUAAUAUCAUAUGGUCUAACACAAUCCAACUCAACAAUAGCAAUAAUGGUAAUCAAUACCGUAUCCCUGCCGGUUUCCUUCAUCGCCCCACUGAUUAUCGAAAAAUACGGGCGGCGCCCAAUUUUUGUAUUACUCACAUGGCUAUGCGCCUUUGAAUGGCUCGGAAUGAGUAUUCCUGAAAUGGCGAAUAAUUUCGGUUGGAAUAUCGAUUUUCGAUGGAUUUUCGCGUGUUUUUCAGCGAUUUUAGGCCAAUGUGCUGUCAAUUUGGGAAUGUUGGUUAUGGCACCGAUUAUGAUUUCGGAGUUGUGUCCGCAUAAUAUAAGGGCAACGGUUUCGCAGUUUACACAGGUGCCACCUAUCGGUAUUGCAGUGUUGGAGGUGUUCAUGUUCCCAACAUUACGGUCACAAUUUGGAUUUACCAUGUUUUUAUUUUUAGCAACGUGUUGUGCGGCUUUGGCGACAAUUUUACAUAAUCAGAUGCUGGAGACCGCCGGAUUGGCAGUUGAUGAGAUUUUCAGUCGUUUAAGCGGUGAACCAACACUAACCCGUUCAAAUACAUCAGUUGGAUGGCUGGAUUACGGUAGUUUAUGGGAAAAAGUGCCGGAGCCCAAUCAACAGCAGCGAAAAAAUGCAACGAAGGAAGUAUUGAUUUUUUGAUGAAAAAUUUUUACAAUUUACGUGUAUAUUUUAUUGAUUUUUACGGGUUUUAAUAAAUUUUUC